AUGAGGCCUGGCAGAAAAAACACCUACUCCAACACCUUCCUGGAUCCGAAUCUGGAUUCUCUCAAGGGGUUGGCAAAUCAGAUUACACUAGAUGAGUUGACCAAGUUCAAACAAGAUUAUGGGAGAAUUAUCUACUUCCUCAAGACACCAUUUACCAAGUACGAGCGGGAAGGAGUUCACACUUUACUCCAAUUCUAUAACCCUUCUCUCCGUUGUUUCACAUUUCCUGACUAUCACUUGGUUCCUACCUUGGAAGAAUACUCUCUUUUUCUCGGCAUCUCCAUCAAAGAGCAGAUACCAUACCUUAGUACGAUGAAAGCUCCCACUUCUCUUGAAAUUGCAAAGGCUCUUUAUUUGAGCAAAUCAGUUGUGGAAGCAAACCUCAAAGAGAAAGGAAAUUAUCAAGGGUUCCACUUAGAGUUCUUGGUUCAGACAGCUUAUGACGCCAUUGCGGCUAAGGAAUGGGAUACAUAUAGAGCUAUCUUGGCCUUGAGUAUCUAUGGCAUAGCAAUGUUUCCAAAUGUGGUCAAUUUUGUGGACAUAAACGUGAUCCAUAUCUUCAUUCUGAAGAAUCCAGUUCCUACACUCCUAGGCGACGUUUACCACUCAAUACAUCACAGAAAUGGCCGAAAAGGGAGGUUGGUCCAAUGUUGUGCUCCAUUAUUGUACCGUUGGUUUAGAUCUCAUCUUUCUGAGCGUGGUCCUUUUGUUGACAAUAGGCACACAUCGAGGUGGGCUGAUAGAAUCAUGGGGCUGGAAAUCGAUUUCCCUGGGGGGAAAUUCAAUAAAAUAAGGAGGGAAGUAUGA